GCCAGAAAAACAACUCCGAAAAGAUCGACACCGCGAAAUAUGAGGAAGUCCUUCCAUGAGGUAGUGGUAGAAGAUGUACCGGAUGACGAUGAGGUAGGAAAGGAUCAGACGAAGGAAGACGGAGGACCGAGCAAUAUAGUGGAUAUCGCCCAUGAGCUCGAGGUCGUCCAGAUGACUAAGUUUCGAGAGAAGAGGCUGAAGGAGUUACGACAGGUUAAGAAGCAGGAAAUGGAGGAUAUCUGCUCCGAGGAAGGCAUCACGUAUGUGAAGCUUGAUCAAGCGAAAGCGGAUGUCGCGGAAAUCCGAGCAAGGAGGGACUAUGCAGCUUGGCUGAAGGAGAAAGAUGUCGUUGACGAUGACGAAGAUCGCGAGCUUCACUACUAUACCUCGGCUGAGGAUGUUGACGACGCUUGAGGGCACUCCCUGGGUGCGUCACAAUUACAGGAGUUGGCUUUAUUUUAUCGU